GCGUGAUCACAUUACGGUAUUCUUAACCCGCUAGAAAGAAAUUUAGGGUUUGGUUCUUUGGAUAGUGUGAAUCAGUGAUCAUAUUAUAUAUAUAUAUAUAUAUAUAUAUAUAUAUAAAUGGAGACAGCAGCAAGUGAAGGGGUAGCAGUGCAGAAGCCUGGAGGGCAGAAGAUGAGGGUGAUGGUGGCACUUGAUGAGAGUGAUGGUGGCUUUUAUGCUCUAAAAUGGGCACUUGACAACCUUGUCAAUGGUGUCAGUGCAACAAACGAACCCAGUCAGGAAUCUGGCAUGAUUACUCUUGUUCAUGUUCAACACCCAUUUCAGCCUAGCAUCAUCCCUGUUGGUCCUGGUGGAGCAGCAUUCUACACGCCACCUACAAUAGUGGAGUCAGUGAGGAAAGCCCAGCAAGAAAGUGCUGCAGCACUACUCUCCCGUGCAUUAAAGAUGUGCGCUGAUAAGAAUAUCAAAGCAGACACUUUGGUUCUUGAAGGGGAUGCCAAGGACAUGAUUUGUCAGGCUACAGAGCAAAUGCAUAUUGAUCUUCUUGUUGUAGGCAGCCGCGGCCUAGGCAAAAUUAAGAGGGCAUUUCUAGGGAGCGUGAGUGAUUACUGUGCACAUCAUGCAAAAUGUCCCAUCCUAAUUGUGAAGCCACCCAAGGAGAGUAGCAGCAGCCAGAGCAAGCCCUGAAUCCUAUUGUAAAUUACUUUUUAUAUUUGAUUUUGUUGCUUGUAUUGGUGUUGAUAAAUUAGUAGAACUUUUUUUAACCUUUUAUUUUGUUUCAUUACCAGUCAAAUCUCAAUUAUCUUGUAAUACUAAAAGAAAGAAGCAUGUUUAGUCUCGAGGGAUUUGAUCUUCUGUAUAUAUUAUGAUGUAUAAAUAGUCAAUUACUGCUGAAUAUAACAAGAAAAUUUCUUUGCCA